UCAAAAGUUUCACAAAAGAUCAUUUUUCUUUUUCAGUUAAUGCCUUUCAACAAUAAUAACAACAACAGCAUCACAUUUCUUCUACAGUUUUGUUUCGGCUUUGGAAUUUGCAGCAGUGCAUGUGAUCUUUGGGUUUAAGCCAUGUUAAAUUUGUAACAAGAGGGUCAGGCAUUUCAUACUUGGCUUCCAAAAAGUAAAAAAAAAGGAAAGAAAGAAAAGGGAAGGGAGUGUGUGCAUGCAUACAGAAUUGAUCACCCUGGGAUUUCUUCAAGGGUCUGAGCUGUUGACAGUGAGCACCUCAAAGCGAGCCAAAUUAGAAGAUGCCUCUCAGUCGGCUGUUUUGUAGAUAGAUGCACCUUGUGGCUCCACUUGCUUGUUUUGUAUUAAAGAUGACCAAAAGCAAGCUGUUUCCUUCCAUUGACAGUGUGUGAACUUGUGUGGGGAUUAAUUUGAGGCAAUGUUUUUCUUUUUCACAUUUCUUUUGCGUGUCAUCUGUACAAUUAGUUUGGUCAGUCUAUCAGCUGAGGAAUCCUGGAGGUGUCCUAUAGGAUACCAGAAGGAACGUUUCUCUUGCAAAGAUUCAACUCCAUUUCUAAUUUUCAGCCAAGGCAACACUAUUUUUAGAAUAGAUGCAGAUGGGACCAGUCACCAAAGACUGGUGGCUGAUGCUGGUUUAUCAGCAUUAAUAGAUUACCAUUAUGGAGAAGAACAUCUCUACUGGGUGGACAAAGAAAAAGGUCUUCUCCAGCGAAUAUACCUAAAUGGCUCAAAUCAAGAGACAAUUCAUUAUAUAGAAAAAGAUGUUUCUGGGUUUGCAGUAGACUGGAUAAGCCAAAACAUUUAUUUGGCUCAUUACCUAGAGGCCACUAUCGAAGAAAUCAACCUGGAUGGAAACUAUUCUCAAAUCCUUGCAAAAGAUGAACAUCAUCCCACAAGUGUUGUUGUUGAUCCAAGCAAAAGGAUUUUAUUUUGGUCUUCUGAAGGAACCUUUAGUAGCAUCUACAGAGCAGCUCUGGAUGGAAAAGAAGUGUGGAGAGUUCUGAGGAGCACUGGAAAAAUCAGAAGUAUGUCACUGGAUUUUCUUGAUCAGAAGCUCUUUUGGAUUCAGUACAAUGAUGGGGAUGAUGAAAUUUCACAUAUCGGAUCCUGUGGCUACAAUGGUAGUUCAGUACAUUUGCACAAACAAAUCAUACGAAACCAUGUCUAUGAUAUAUUUCUCUUUGCUGACCAUAUAUAUUAUUCUGAUUCUACUGGUACUAUCGGGAGGGCCAACAAAUACACAGGGAAUGUUGUAACUGCAAUUAACCUCCAGCCAACAGUUUACCAGCCUGCUGAAAUACUGGUCGUGCAUCUGUUUAAGCAGAUCGGCAAAAGGAUGGAUUCUAAAGCACUUGUUGAGCGGCCUUGUCUUUCAAACAGAAGAAACUGCAAGAAAAGAAUCUGUAAGCAAGACUCCAAGAACAAUCAGUGCAGGUGUAUGAGUGGAUUUACUCUAAGCAAAAAUAGGGAAUCGUGUGAAGAUGUCAAUGAAUGUGGAUUAUGGAACCAUGGCUGUCAUUGGCUGUGUCAAUAUCCCAGGAUCCUAUAUUGUACAUGUCAGAAAUUUUGUUUGCUGUCUGAUAAAAAAACUUGCUAUGAACUAAUUCCCUGUACAAGCAAUUACAUUCAGUGCACUCAUGGAUGUGGGCAGACACCUGAAGGCCCUGUUUGUUUUUGUCCUGAGGGAUCAGUUCUUCAAGCAGAUGGAAGAACAUGUUCAGGGUGCACAUCUGAUAAUGGUGGUUGUAGCCAGAUCUGUACUUCACUGACACCAACAACAUGGAAAUGUGGUUGCUUUCCUGGUUAUACCCUCAUGGAAGAUAAUAAACAUUGCACUGCAACAGGACCCAAGCCAUUUCUGUUGUUUGCAAACAGCCAAGAUAUCCGCCGCAUUGGUUUUGAUGGAACAGAUUAUUCAAGUAUACUCAGCUGGCAGAUGGGAGCAGUCUUAGCUCUGGACUAUGACCCUGUUGGAAAUAAGAUUUAUUUUGCCCACACAGCCUUGAAGUGGAUAGAGCGAACUAAUCUGGAUGGCACAGAUCGUGAAAAAGUUAUCCACAAAGCAACCCAGAGACCUGAAGGGCUUGCUGUGGACUGGAUUAACCGCAAAUUGUAUUGGACUGACCCUGGGAAGUCUCGCAUUGAAAGUAGCAAUCUCAAUGGAAUGCAGAGGAAAAUAGUUAUUCAAGAGGAUAUGUCUCAUCCGAAAGGAAUUGCUGUCCAUCCUUUCACUGAGCAAAUAUUUUGGACUGACCUAGGGAUCAAUCCAAGAAUUGAAAGGUCUUCCUUGCAAGGCUCCAAUCGUCUUAUCAUAGCAAAAUCUAACUUGCUUUGGCCCAGCGGAAUAACUAUUGACUACUUUGCUGACAAGUUGUAUUGGUGUGAUGCGAGGAAGUCUGUGAUUGAAACUGCAAAUCUGGAUGGUUCUAAGCGGCAAAUCCUCACACAGAAUGAUGUAGGUCAUCCAUUUGGCAUAACAGUGUUUGAGGAUUAUAUUUGGUUCUCUGACUGGACUAGGCCUUCAUUACUGAGAAUGGACAAAAAGACUGGCCUAAACAGGGUACGCCUUGGAGGCAGCAUGCUGAGACCCUCAUCACCAAUUGUUAUCCAUCCUCUAUCAAAACCAGGCUGUGUGUCUAUGUCAAAGGAAGGUAUUCCAGCUAAUAAGAUGCCAGUGCUGAGUACAUUCUUCCAGUAUCCUCUGGGUAACAGCGCAUACAGAGAUAGCAUUGAAGAUGAUCUACAGGUGAAACAGGAGCUGACUGCAGAAAUCGUGAUAUCUAACCAGGACCAUUGUACAUGGUUGGGAUGUGACAUCAAUGCCGAGUGUAUUUCAAAUGAAGAUGGUGCUACUUGUCAAUGCCAAACGGGGUUCAUCAUGGAAGGCCAAUUGUGCUAUGAUCUUGAUGAGUGUGCUUUUGAUGUGGACCAAUGCAACCGGAGCUUAUCAAGGUGCAUCAAUACUGAAGGCAGCUACUUUUGUGAAUGCCUUGUGGGAUAUACAGAAAAUGGCCUUCAUUGUUGUGAAUCUGCCACACCUCCUGCCAUUGCAAGCACAGAUAAGACCACAUUAUCUGAACAGGAUAGUCCUGUUGACUGCCCAUCAUCGUAUUGUCUCAAUGAGGGAGCCUGUGUUUAUUUUUCAACUCUCCAAGCUUUUGCAUGCAAGUGUGAAAAAGGCUACUUGGGAGAGCGCUGCCAGUUCAGUGAUUUGGAGUGGUGGAAACAGCAGCAUGUGAUACAAAUGAAGAAACAGAACAUUGCCACCGCUGCUUGCUUGGCUGUGUUGUUCCUGCUCCUCCUCCUUGGAGUUGUUAGUGUGUAUUGCUACAGUACACAAAAGUUCUACAGGAGGAAACCCUGUGAAAAGCCAAUCAGAGAUACUAAUGGCAAUGCCAGUGGCAGCAGCAGCAUUGACAGUGAGAACACAAAUCUCCGACCCAACAAGCCUCUGUUAAUUGUUAUGAUGGAAAGUGACGACAACAACAAAGACAGAACAAAUGAUGGAACAAACUGCAGUACAGAAGAACCUAGUUAUUUCUGCCUCUCAGAAGCCUCAUGAGCAAUGGAAAUUUGGAGAGAAAUGGGUUGCAGAGGAAGUAAAAGAUCAGGCCUCAAUCUCCAGCCACCCAGAAACAUGAAGUCUUUUGUAUCAGAGAACAACCUUCAGCUGCUUCAUUGGAAUGCUCACCCCAAACACUCUAGGAAGUGACUCCCACUCAACAUGCACUCUGCCUCAUGCAGUCAGCAUAAUGUAGGCAGAUUAAAGAGUCUCUCAACUCAGCUGAACAUAGGACUGAGAGCUCACUAAAUAACUGCAAAGGAUGAUUUUUGGAAACAAUUUACUAAAAAGAAUUUCGAAAACAUCCAAACACCCAAUGCUAUGCUGCCCAUCAUAACACAAGUGCCUGGAGUUGUUUGAAGAGUGCUAGAUAUGCCCAUUCCACAUAGGCUAACAUGUUUUUGAUAAUGCUUCAAAGGCCAGCUGUGCUAACAGGUAAAUGGACACCAGGAAGGGGAACUCUGAAUUAAUGCUUGUGACUCCUUUGAAUCAUCGUCAAAAUUAUUUUGUUGAAAUUAUUUCUCCAAGCUUGUAAAAAUGAAAAAAAAAAAGGGUUAGCCUCUUCCUUUUCAAAAAAGUACUUCACUGUACUGCGUUUGCCAGAAUUUCUAAUGUCCAGAAUAGGUUUUUUAAAAUAACUGGAGAUGAAAAAGAUAAUGCAGCUGUACAAAGAGAAAUGAUUUCUGAGGAGACUGUUUGCAGACAAGGCAGAUUCAUGUGCUUAUGUGUGUUUUACACGCACACACACACACACUUCCGUAGAAUCCUGUAUGGAAUAGUAGUGUCCACUAAGGACUCUUAACUAGGCUAAAGUGAUUUAUCAGGAAACAAGGGCUAGUCAAUCUCCAGCAAUCAUUAUAUCUGUAUUCAAUGCAAGGUAACCUUGUAGAAUUGUUUUGUGCUAUAAAUCAACACAGCUGCUGGUUUUGCAAAUGGUUCAGUAUGGGAGCCUUGCCAUUGGCCAACUGAUUCCAAUUUGGCAGCUUUAGCAAUAAAUAACAUCUGACAGGUGUGUGUUUACCAAUGAUGGCAAUUUUUGUUGAACCUCUGAUGAAUCAAAAUCAUGUGGCCCUCUGUCAGACUGAUGGACGCGUAAAAUAAAAUAGAACUAAACAUACAGUGAAAAAAAUGACACACACACACACGUCACAUCAUUUGCAGAUGUUGUUUUGCACUUUUUAUCCUAGGAAGAAGUAAUUUUUUAAAAAAGCAAAUAAAAUAAAAUAAAAUAAAAUAAACAUUUUGUUAUGCAUGGCCUAAAGGCCUUAGAAAGCACAUUGCACACACUUACGUCUUUUUCUCUCUCCCUUACUUGACCUUGUUAUUACUCCUCCCUGUUAUCUCCCGGGACAACACAGGACCCACAUACAUAUCUGAUUACAUGGUAGUGAUUAUGAGGCUAAUGUUUGGCAUCACAACCUGGGCCAGUGAAGAAUGAAGGAAUAAUUUCUCUCCUAGUUACUCUUUGAACCAUUUUACUGUGGGCAGCAGUGGUAAUUGUGAUCUUGUACAUUUAUAAUGCAUACUGCUGACAGAAUUAAAAUUCAGAGCAGUCCAUAGGGGAAUGUGGAUAAAAUAAGGUUUGCCCUGAUGUAUAUAAGAAAUGCUUAUUUUACAUACUAACUGAAAAUAGAUUUUGAAAUUGACUUUUUUUUUAAAGGACUUGCUCGCCUCUACAAAAUCUAUAACUCUGAUUGUAUAAAAUGGAGGUGAUUUUUUUUAGAAAGAAGUUCCAGAUUUUAAUUUAUUUUAUUAGUAAAGCUACUAGUAAAACUAACACAUUUACCAUGCAGUCAUGGAUAUGAUUAUUCAGUAGUAAGGCACUUUGAGUUGAAUAGUGUGUACAUGAAAACUGGAUUUCAGCCUUAAAAAACUUGUUUUGGAAUUGUUAUUUAGACUUUUACAACAACCAGUUGCUGGAAUGCAAUUAGUUUUCAAUAUCUCAAAUAUUAGUCAGUUAAUCUAACAAAUGUAGUGACUAGGAUGAAAACACUCCUAAUUAAUAAGACAGCUGUUUUUUUUUCUUUAAAGAAAUGAUCAUUUUAAAAUCUCCCUUAAAAAAAUCUUAUGGAUUCUGGGGACCAUCUUAAAACAUACAUUCUUUCUUCCUGAUUGUGUCUGUUCUGAUGCAUGUGCAUUACUUAAAAACAAGCAUUUUUUUCUUUAGAAGCAUUGCCCCCCCCCCCCAAUAUGUACUCAUGCAAUUUAACACAUUAAAUAAUAAAGUAAUGAAUAAUGGAAGAAAGCUGAUAUACUUGGUGGCCUAAGAUUUCUUAAAGUGGUAUCUACUUUACAAUGCAAAAUAGAAUUAUUCAAAAUUGCUUUCAGAUAACUCAGGCCCAGUACACAAUGGUGGUGCAACACCACCCCUCUUUGCUGCACAACAUUGCCACAGCAACCAAACCAUGGGGCAAUGAUGUGCAGUAAAAAAUAAUCCACCUAGAGCGGCUUAUUUUUUGCAGCAUUGUAAGGGCUGCAAUGUAACCCUAUGAUGCUGCAUCCUCUAAUAUGUGUGGAUGCUCAGACACCCACACAUCAUUUACAUGCCCCCUGUAUGGGUGGUGCCGCUCAAUAAUGGUGUCGGCCACACAUCAUAGGGCUCAGGAGCAUGUGGUUGGUGCGCGCUCCCGAGCCCUACUAUUGCUGCCAGGACACUGCUUCCUGGUGGUGUGUACUGCACCUCGGAUAGUGUAAAGAGACUGAUCCUACUCAUGCUCAUUUCAAUUUAAGUUGUCAUGAGUUCAAGGCACAAUAGCUUACUAUGCAUAAAAUGUUAGCUUUUUUCUACAUAGAUUGUUCUCCAUUCUACAUGGUUAUGGGAAUACUAGAGGAUAUAAAGAAUAUCUGAUUUUUUUUCCUUAUCCUUACUGAGAAAGUUCUUGACAUGUCAAGACACCACUUUGAACUGCCAGCAACCAUGACUAAAAUCAAAAAGACAAGCACUUUUUUGAAUUUGUUUCCUUGGGCACAAAGUAUCUGACAUGCACACAAUGUUUUCUGAACAAAGAGCAAUGGUCAGUAUUGUGUGGAUUUAUGCUGGUACAUCUUGGCAGUUGUACUGGCUCUUGUACUUUUAAUGAACUUUCAUAAGGAAUAGUGUUGCUACGUUUUCAAAAUAGCAAUAAGCAAAAUUUAUGACAUAAAGGGUUGUCAAUC